AUCAAACCUAUUCUCGAUCCCUCUCAUCCCGCUCAUGGACAAUACGGCCUUUUCACUAAACGACGUAUUUCUCCCUCUGAGCUUAUCAUCCCCUAUCUUGCAGGAGACACAGCGGUAGAUGAGGAACAAGAGAGUGACUACGAUCUUUCUCUAGUCCGUAUAUCCUCUCAUGAUCCCAACAACCCGAGAAAAGGUUGGCACGUAUCUAUCGGUGUUGACGCUGCGAAAGCAGGAAACGCAGCGAGGUUCGUCAAUGACUAUCGGGGGAUAGCUGUGAGUCCGAAUGCCGAGUUCAGGAUAGGGACAGGCGAGGGUGGAGAAGUGAGGAUGGAGAUUUGGUCAUUGAAGAAAGGGUUGGGAAAGGGGGAAGAGGUUUUGGUCAGUUAUGGAAAAUCUUGGUGGAAUGCAAGACGG